AAGGAGCAGUUCCACCACGCUGGGUUCAUGGCUGAUGUAGAUCUGGAUCAAGGCUCCACUCUCAAUAAGAAGAUCAGGAACGCACAGCUGGCACAGUAUAAUUUUAUUCUUGUGAUCGGAGAAAAGGAAAAGGCCAGUGGAACAGUGAACAUCCGCAAGCGAGAUAACAAGGUGCACGGAGAGCGGACAGUGGCACAGACAAUCGAGAGACUUCUUCAGCUGAAAGAAUCGCGAUCUAAAAACGCAGAAGAGGAAUUUUAAAUAAACUUUUUUUUUUUUUUUUAAAGGGAAAUUAAGUUCUAAAGAUGUCUCUGUGCAAGGAAUAAUAUUCAUUCUUUUAUACAGAUUACAAAUGAGGUAAAAUUAAUUGAGCCAAAACCAAACAAAGCCAAACCCAUUAAGUUCUCUAGCGCUUAUCAAAAGUCUCUCAGGAACGGUAAUAUUUUUAUUUUUGGGACUUAUGUGACUUUUUCUUGCUACAAUAUAUCAGCUUGCCAUCGGCUAUUAUUGUUAUUUUUGUAAUA